AUGAUCUACACUGAUCCAUACGCUACAGAUGAAACGGACAAUGACCAGAAGUUAAAUUCGAUAAAUGAGAAGCGGUUUGUUAAGGAAGUUAAAUACCCUAUGAUCAAUCAUGCAAAAACACGGGUAAAGAAACAGAAGCCGAGAUCUCCAUCUUCGUCGAAAUUCAAAGGAGUUAGAAAAAGAAAGUGGGGGCGAUAUGCAGCCGAGAUUAAAAAUCCAGCCACAGGUAAAAGAUUGUGGCUUGGCACUUUCGAUACUCCCGAAGAAGCUUCCAUUGUUUAUGAGAAUAAAAGGAUCGAAUUUGAUAUCCUCCGAGCACAAACUACUACUCUAUCAAAUACGCGACGACGAAUCCCUUCCCCAUUCACCAAUCCCAUUCCCAAUCCCAAUCUAGUUAAAUUUGAUAAUGAUAUUGUACCUUCACCCCUUGUGAAUAACAAUUUAGAUUAUAGGGAAGACAAAUAUUAUGGCAUAUCGAAACAAUUAGACGAACAUAAGGUUCCUCUUUACAAAAUCAAGUUAGAAUAUAAUUCAAAUCAAUUUGAAUUUAAACAAGUCGCUAACGAUGGAUUAUUUAGCUGUCAACAUGACGAGGAGAAUUCAAAACUAUAUGAAGAGUCUUCAUCUUCGUUUCUAAAUGGAUCGAUCGAUACUGAAAUUAAAUUUGACAAUUACAACUUUGAUUUUUCGUAUAAUCAAAAUGUUUAUUUCAAUGGCAAUUGA